AUUUCGUGAUGAGCCAGGAGGACCGUUUUCGCCAGAUUCGCGGAUCCAGUGACGAACAACCACCACCCUUCAAAUCCAAGUGACUGGUGCAUCAGCAGCAGCUUCGUGCCUCGCGUCGCACAUAGCAUCCUUCCUUGGCUGACGAUCUCGACUCGACCUCCGCUUAUGUGAUUGGACGUUCCGUUCGUACCGGUGGGGUUGGUGGAAUCCCAUCCACUUGAUUCUGCUUCUAGGAGCUUCCACUAUCCACUCUCGUUGUCGUACUCGCAAACACCAGUUCCACCUUAUCAUACUCGCUACAAGCGGAGCCACCACAAGCGACCCUAUUCAUCUACCUGUGUAAUCCUGCCUUCCCAUCCCAACACUCCUCUCUUCUUCUCCCCAGGUGCCUAAUUAGGGUUUUCGCAUUGUCGACAUGGCGUUGGCCUGUCCGUCCUCCGUGUCCUUCAAGUCCUUCCAAGGGCUCAAGGCCAGUCCCGCCGUAUCUUCCCAAGCCCGCAUUAGCCGCUCCAAUGUAGCUUUCCCAGCCGCCGCCUCCAAGCGGCUGGUCGCCGUCACGGCCGUCGCAGAGGCACCAGCAGCUGCCGGCCCGGCAGUUCUGCCGGUCCUGACGAUCGACGGCGCGAACUCCGGCAAGACGGCGGAGCUGAACCUGCGGACGGCGCGUCCGGAGACGGCGAAAGCAGUGGUUCACCGCGCCGUGGUGACCUACAUGCAAAACAAGCGCGCCGGUACCGCGAGCACGAAGACCCGCGCGGAGGUGCGUGGAGGCGGGAGGAAGCCGAUGAAGCAGAAGGGUACCGGCAGCGCUCGCCGGGGGUCGCAGCGGACGCCGCUGCGUCCUGGCGGUGGUGUGGUGUUCGGGCCUAAACCCAAGGACUGGACGAUCAAGAUCAACAGGAAGGAGCGGCUGCUCGCCGUGGGAACCGCGCUGCAGAACGCGGCGACCGCGAAUGACGGCGCGAGCUUCAUCGUGAUCGAGGACGUGCACGACAAGGUCGCGGCGCCUAAGACUAAGGACUUCGUGGCCGCGCUUCGGCGGUGGGGCGUGGAUUACAAGAACGAUCACGCGCUGCUGCUGACGGGCGAGGCGUCGGAGAAUCUGAUCCUGUCGACGCGGAACAUCGAGAAUCUGAAGGUGGUGACGCCGAACGCGCUGAACAUCUACGACGUGCUGCGCGCCGAUAAGCUGCUGGUGACGGAGUCCGGGCUGGAGUACCUGAACCAACGGUUCGGCGAUGACGUGCUGAUCUUUGAAGAUGGGGAGGAGGAGGAAGAGGAGGAGGCUUCAGAUGCUUGAAUGCAGGGAGGUGCUCGAGGGACGGAUGACGAGAUUUGUGGUUAGUAUGGCUAGAAAGUGGAGCCGAUAGGUCGACCUGGUCAGGGGGAGGGGGGGUGGCAGGGGUGUUGCAAUGGCAGGGGAAACAUUCACUGACCAUGUGUGUGUGGUUCCUAGCCUACGGUAAGCUUCUGUUGCUUCUGCUGCAUUCUACCUUUCGCCUCAUGUGUAGCCAUACCAGCAUACCAGCAAUUCUACAGUACCAUAUUGAAAAGCAACCCGUGAAUAAAUCCUACACGA